AGGAUGCCUCUGGCAUGGCCCUCAUGGAGAUGAACCUGCUCAGUGGCUUCCUGGGUGAUGACAGAAUCGCCCUAACUGACAACCUCAAGCUCGUGGAGACAUCACCAGGAAAAAUCCACCUCUACUUUGUGAAUCUAAAUGAGAAUACAACUUGUGUAAACAUCACACAGUAUAGAAUUGCACCAGUGGCAAAAACAAUGGAAGCGUUGGUUUCAAUUAGUGACUACUAUGAACCAAGAACAAGAGUGGAGAUGCAGUACAAGUCCCUAACGCUGUCCAGUAUAACUUUGCAGUCCUUCUGUGGUGAAAACUGCACAAUUUUUCAGAGCAAUGUACGUGCUGCUGCUAUAAGCACUACUGCUGCCACCCAGACCACAGUGAAGGCAAGCGCCACUACUGCUGCCACCCAGACCACAGUGAAGGCAAGCGCCACUACUGCUGCCACCCAGACCACAGUGAAGGCAAGCGCCACUACUGCUGCCACCCAGACCACAGUGAAGGCUGGCGGCUCGACUGCUGCCUCACAGACCACAGUUCAAGUUAUCGGGGCUACUACUGCCACACAGAGCACAGUGAAAGCGAGCAACACUACUGCUGCCAUCAAGACCACAGUGAAGGCAAGCGGCACUACAGCUGCCACACAGACCACAGUGAAGCCUAGCGGGGCUACUACUACCACACAGACCACAGUGAUAGCGAGCAACACUACUGCUGCCAUCGAGACCACAGUGAAGGCAAGUGGCAUAUCAAGUUGUGGCAUGAACCCUUUUCCAUGGAUCCUGCUGGCUAGUGCCUUCUGUCUGUCCUGGAUGGGGCUCUAAGGAAUAAUCCUACAUGACUGGGGGCUUUGAAAGCACUGGCUCCCAGCUCUGUUUUAUGUAUCCACUUAACAAUGUCGUGCGUGUGCAUACUCAUAAAACAUCAAACGGUAUAACUGCGAUGAUUCCAUUGUUAAUGUACGUCUAGCCAAAGAUUGCUGUGCAGGAGAUAAGAAUAGCAUUAUUUUGGAACACCAUUAUUGGUGGUGGCUGUCAACUCAUAUUUUACAUUUGACACACUUGGACUGUGCCGCUCGCCGCUCAGGGCUGGCUCCACGGCUCUUGUGCCCCGCCCACUCACAGCUUUGGCUCGUCCAUUCAUGCUGCCCCGCAACACUUAUCCCCCCACUCCUUCUGACACUUGGGCUGCACCCAUUUCAAGCCUUUAUAAACAGUUGCAGUUGGAGGCUUGCCCCCCUUUUC